UGUAAUAUAUAGCAUAAGAUGACGCAGCAGAAAGGUUGGUAUUUGGAAGUGGGCGAUUUAAAAAUACAUGGAGAGAGCGUGGUAUGGAAAUAUUUAAUGAAAAUGUCAGAGGUUCCACAAAGAGGUGGAAGUUAGUCUCAUAGUGAAUGAUGAAUGAGGUCAUAAAGAAAUGAAAUGACUUUUAAGGUUUUGAAUAGUACAAAAUAAUUCAAGCAGUAGUAGAAAGAAAAGCCAGAAUAUAAUAUUGGAGGCAUUGUUGCCAAUAUUGUAAAAUUGCAGACUGUUAGCUGAUGAUGAUGAUGAAACAUGGCAGAUUUAUUAUUCAUCUUUUAUUCAGGUCAGAUGAUGGUUUAGGUGUAAGUGAAGCAAACAAAUAAUGGUUUAUAAGAGAUGAAGAUGCUCCAUCCACUACGGCGGAAGGUGAACGGUUAUGAGAUUAUAUGUGAGGCGGAACACUGUCAACAACAUUUUUCUUUAUUUUGUCAGAAGAACGAUUUACUGAGAAAAGUUUUUAAAAAAUGGAGCGAGGGGGAGUGGAGAGGAAAUACUAUACGAAACACAUCCUAUUAAACAAUGCUGGAACCUUCACUUUACAGUAAUUCGGGUCAACAAGACUAAUGAAAAUAAUUGGAUAAUUUUUCCAUAAUUAUUUGGUUCCAUUUGUUUGCUCAGUAGCUUUGCUGCUAAAAUUAGAUUCCGGACGUCUCCUCCACUCUCCAGAUGACUUGGUGGCAGUAAAGCACCACAAACCGUUUAACUGACCGCCAUUAAAAAAAAACAAAAAAAAAACAGUAGAAGAAGAAAGUGGCAAAAACACCGGGGCGGAAUCAACAUGGCAGACGAGGAGCAACCGACGCCGCAGCCCGCUCGCGCCUCUCCCACCAAGCGGCCUCGCUCCGUCUUUUUCCCCGAGGGCGCGCAGCCGGCCGUCGGCAUGGUGAGCCAGCUGCUCGGGCAGCCGUCGUCGCUGAAGUUCGACAAAAACAUCAAGCAGGCCUUCUACAACACGGGGGCCAUGAUCUUCGUGGCGAUCUGCUGCGGAGCCUCGGUCCUGGUCUACUUCAUCCUGGAGGCCUUCCUGCGCCCGCUGCUCUGGGCGGUGCUCUGCGGCACCUUCCUGCACCCGUUCAAGCACUCGCUGGCCCGGCUCGGCCGCUCGUGGCUCAACGGCCUGCAGGACACCGGCACCCCCAUCGUGGUGGGGACCCUGCUGGUGCCCGUGUGGUGCCUGAACCACGGGGUGGAGGCGAUGGGGAGGGUGGUGCUCGAGAGGCUCACGCCGCUGCUGGUCAUCGGGGCCGGGGCGCCGCUGGUCUACUUCCUCUACCUGUUCUGGAGCGCCGUCGGCAUGCAGGUGAUCCUCGGGCACGUCUGCGGGAUCAUCGGGGCCGCGCUGGACUACUUCCACACCGUGUGGGUGUGCACGCUGGUGGUUGGCUACCUGUUGCUAGUCUGUUUCAGGUGGGGCCCUCACACUGAGCACUACCUGAGGGCCGUGGCUCUUCCCGUCUGGGCCAUUUUUCUCUUCUACGUUGUGUCUCUGACCGGCUCGUGGAGAGUUCCCUUUUUUGUGGUUGUGGUCGUUCUCAUCAUUGUGGGCUCCCAAGAGAAACCACCUGAUCCCGGCAGAGGAGAGCUGUCGGGGCAGGUUUUGUCUUUUGCUGCUAAUACUUUUUACAUGGCGAUCUCGUGUAGCAACCUCCAGAUGAAAACUGGGCCGAGUGAAACCUCGACUCCAGGCGGCGCGCCGUCCGCGGGCCCCCUUCCCGCCACGCCCGGGCUCCCCCGCGGCUUUCGCUCGCUGCCAACCGGCCUCUUCCAGAACGAGAAGAGCGCCCAGCGAGCCAGCGACAUCUACUUCAUUCUACUCCUGUGGGCCAUUGUACUGGUUCAAGUCUGGCUCAACCUCUGGAUCCUCCAGCUGCUGCCUAUCCCCGUGGCCGUGUGGGUGCUGAAGAAGCUGGUGGUCCGCUUCGGCCUGAAGGGCUUCGCGGAGCGGACCGUGGUGUCCUGGUGGGCCGUGCUGGAGAAGCUCGGACGUGAGCGAGAGGGGGCCCUGCUGCCCGGGCCGAUCAAAGGCUUGGCUCAGUUCCUGCUGCGUAUCGACACGAAGCUCUGGCAUUGGCUUAACAAGCAGAUGAUUGUGUGGUUGGAGCGAUCUCUGGAUAAAAUCAUCAGCAUCUUCAUCAUCUUCCUCCUGGUCACGGGGACCCUGCUCAUGGCUCUGCUGCUCACCGCUAUGGUUCACCACGAAAGUGUUCACAUCAUCGACGUAACCAGCAACCUCAUCAACGAGACCGUGUCCAACCACCCGGAAUGGGCAAAUUGGCUUCCUGAGGCUCGUGUGGUGCAGAAGGCUCUCAAUUCAGCUGCUACGAACGUUCAUCAACACGGUAGAGAGUGGAUAACACAAAAGCUCCAAAAGAUGUUGGGGGAUAAGGUGAACAACACAGCUGUGAUCGAGAAACAGGUGUUGGAGCUCUGGGACCGAUUAUACCACUCCUGGUUUGUGAAGAACAUGACUCACCCUGGACGGCUGCGCGGCCAGAAGAUGAUGGUGCAGAGGGGAAACAGCUGGCUGGGCGAAAUCCUUGACUGGAAGGACAUUGCUUCCUUCCUGCAGGAGAAUAUUCAGACUCUGCUGUCCAUCGUGGAGUCCUUGUGGGUGGUAAUGAGUAGAAAUGUGGGCCUGCUCAUCUCCACCACGACGACUCUCCUCACCGUCUUGUUCCACAGCGGCACAGCGCUGCUCAACUUUGUCCUGAGUCUGGUCAUUUUCCUCACCACUCUCUUCUACCUGUUGAGCUCCAGUGGUGAAUAUUACAAGCCUGUUAAGUGGGUGAUCAGCUUGACGCCCCUCUCCCAGCCUGGACCCUCCUCAAAUAUCAUCGGCCAGUCCGUGGAAGAAGCCAUCAGAGGAGUGUUUGACGCCUCUCUGAAAAUGGCCGGUUUCUACGGCUUCUACACCUGGCUCACUCACACCAUGUUUGGCAUCAGCAUAGUCUUCAUUCCUUCUGCUCUGGCCUCCAUCUUGGGCGCGGUACCGUUCCUGGGAACCUACUGGGCCGCCGUGCCGGCGGUGUGUGACCUGUGGUUGGUGCAGGGCGAAGGUGUCAAGGCCCUGCUGCUGCUGAUCUGCCACCUGCUGCCAACGUACUUUGUAGAUACAGCGAUCUACUCUGACAUAUCCGGGGGUGGACACCCGUAUCUGACGGGCCUGGCGGUGGCGGGCGGCGCAUACUAUCUAGGUCUGGAGGGCGCCAUCAUCGGGCCCAUCCUCCUCUGCAUUCUGGUAGUUGCAGCCAACAUCUACAGUGCCAUGCUGAUGAGCCCCAGCUCUGCAGCGCCGACCCCGGUGCACUCCACCUGGCCGCUCAACCAAAUCAGGACCCUCAACGACUCCACCCCCACUGUCCUGAAAAAGAGUGGUGAGUGAGAGCUUAUUGGCUGUUUCCUCACGAGGAAGUGAUCCCCAUCCCCCGAAGCCCCGCCCUGCGCCACCCGGCUCUACAGAGCUCUGCGCCUAGACAGAGAAGAGACGACGACGACGACGACGGCGGCGCGGCUUCGUCCCCCGUGACGCUGUACGAUGGCCAGAGCGGUUUGUCUGAGCGGCUUGGCUGCAGCGCCCCUCAUUCAGGACCCUAAAUGGGCCGCGGCGAGUGUUCAUCCCGACCCCUGACACAGACCGCUGAUAUUACAACAAAGCAAGACCGUGAUGAGUGACGGAGAUGUGGAGGCCGAGCACAUUAUCCCUCAGAACUCUAGCGCCUGAAUUGAGUUUUUCUGUUUAAAGAAGGUUUUGUGAUGAACUGUACACAUAAUAUAUGUAUAUUAUUUACACACAGAUUUAUUUAUAUAUUUAUUUAUAUACUUUUAACAUUGAAUUUGAAGAGAAAAGGAGUGUUUUAUGCCAAUAAAAUACACACAACAGAUGGACCCUCAUAUCGACGAUGCCCCCCGAUUUCCACCUUGCUUACCGUGGCUGUGUUUUACGUCACAUUGUGCGGCUGUGCAUUCAUUGUCUCCCCUAUUUUUCUCUCCUGUGCAGAGGCUCAAAUGCCGUUUGACUGGAAGGCCACUUAAGAGAAGCAGUGCAGUUUAACUUAAUGUGUCAUUCAGGCUGCCGUGAUCGGGAAAGCACCGCCUCUAAAUGUUUUUACAUGUGCACAUGCAACUAACCUUUACAUGUCUAACAUGCUUAGCUGCUCUGUCCGAAUUGAAGCAUGUUUACACUUGACUGUGAUGUAUUUCAGUGAGCACUUUGGAGUUCGCUGAAGGUCACCCCCAUCACGCGAUUUCAUCCUAGUUUAUCUGUUGUCAAAUGCCUGAAUAAUUUCUCCUCCCGCCCUCUUCACUUAAACUACAGCGAGAGCACUUUUCUAAGCGAUGGGUAUAAAGUUUUUAACAGCACCGGAACCGUUAAUAACCGAGCGAUACAGAUGAAUAGUGUAUCAACACACUUAUUGUGCAUCCGUGGCUACUGUGUUCGCUGUCUGAAGAAGCUAUGAUGUGUUCUGGCUGAGAACGUGUUUAGUUUAGCAACGGUUGGCAUGUGCAAUUAAUUACUGCAGUUUGUUUGAUACUUUUGCUAUUUUCUUUUUUUUUAAUAAACAUAUUCGCAAUAAAUGGAAUCACUACAAUAGA